CGCUCCUUCCACCGCGGCCCCUUCAAGCCCUCCACCUCUACGGGCCUAUUGGGGCGCCUCCAGGCUUCACCCCUGUCCCGGUGCAGUUCACUACCCCCGGGGUUGCCGCUUGCAGCUGGGAGCGGGCGAACGAGCGAACGACCGAGCCAGCCAGCCUGCGAGCGGCGGCUGCCACCCAACUCCGGCCGUACAGGAGGCACACAGACCUUGCUGAGGAAGGCAGACCCUCUCCAUCCCACCUGCCUGAGCCACCCACUCCUCCUUCUCCGGGGGACCCUGCAGCUCCCCGGUGGUGUGCGUUGGAAUGGACUUCGGACCUUGGCCUCUUGGGAUGCAAAGGAUGAAGUGACUCCCACCCCCAGCUGUGUUUGAGGAAUCUCUAAGACCCCGUGAGAGUUUGGGACCAAGGAGCGGAGAAUGGAUCUUGGAACAGCUGAAAGCACGCGGUGCACCGACCCACCUGCAGGGAAGCCUCCAAUGGCAGCCAAGCGCAAAGGUGGCCUGAAGCUCAACGCCAUCUGUGCCAAGCUCAGCCGACAGGUGGUCGUGGAGAAGGGAGCAGAGGCCGGCUCCCAAGCCGAAGGUAGCCCGCUACGUCCCCGGGACAAAGAGCGCAGUGGCCCCGAGUCUGGGGCGACCCGGGCUCCCCGAAGUGAAGAAGACAAGAGGCGGGCAGUGAUCGAGAAAUGGGUCAAUGGAGAAUACUGUGAGGAGCCCGCACCCACCCCAGUGUUGGGGCGUAUUGCCCGUGAUCAGGAGCUGCCCCCAGAGGGGGUCUACAUGGUCCAGCCACAGGGCUGCAGUGACGAAGAAGACCAUGCAGAAGAGCCCUCAAAGGAUAACAGUGCCCUGGAGAAGGAGUCAGAUGGUACGGCUUCAAAAGAUGACAGCGGCCCCAGCGCCAGGCAGGCUUCAGGAGAAGCCUCCUCUUUGAGGGAGUAUGCUGCCUCCACCAUGACCGAGUUCCUCGGCAUGUUUGGCUACGACGACCAGAACACCAGGGAUGAGCUGGCCAGGAAGAUCAACUUUGAGAAGCCGCAUGCGGGCUCCGCCCCCGAGGUGGCUGCCUCUUCCGUGUUGCCCUCCUCCGAGGAUACCCUCAGCAAGCGGGCACGCUUCUCCAAAUACGAGGAAUACAUCCGUAAGCUCAAGGCCGGCGAGCAACUUCCCUGGCCAGCCCACGGAAGCAAGGCCGAGGACCGGGCAGGCAAGGAGGUGGUGGGUCCCUUACCCAGCCUUCGGCUGCCCAGCAACACUGCCCACCUGGAAACCAAGGCCACCAUCCUGCCACUGCCAUCACAUAGCAGUGUGCAGAUGCAGAACCUGGUAGCCCGGGCUUCCAAGUAUGACUUCUUCAUCCACAAACUGAAGACAGGCGAGAACCUGAGGCCCCAGAAUGGAAGCACUUACAAGAAGCCAUCCAAGUACGACCUAGAGAACGUCAAGUACCUGCACCUCUUCAAACCCGGGGAAGGUAGCCCUGACAUGGGCGGGGCCAUUGCCUUCAAGACAGGCAAGGUGGGGCGUCCCUCUAAGUACGACGUUCGGGGCAUCCAGAAGCCAGGCCCUACCAAGAUUCCGCCCGCCCCCAGCCUGGUUCCUACACCCCUCACCAAUGUGCCCAGUGCUCCCAGCACCCCCGGACCGGGACCCGAGCCACCUGCCUCCCUGUCCUUCAACACUCCCGAGUACCUGAAGUCAACCUUUUCCAAAACAGACUCCAUCACCACAGGAACUGUCUCCACUGUCAAGAACGGAUUGCCCACAGAUAAACCAGCUGUCACCGAAGAUGUAAACAUUUACCAGAAAUAUAUUGCCAGGUUCUCAGGAAGUCAGCACUGCGGCCACAUCCACUGCGCCUACCAGUACCGUGAACACUAUCACUGCCUGGACCCGGAGUGCAACUACCAGCGGUUCACAAGCAAGCAGGAUGUGAUCCGACAUUACAACAUGCACAAGAAGCGCGACAACUCCCUGCAACACGGCUUCAUGCGCUUCAGCCCGCUGGAUGACUGCAGUGUCUACUACCACGGCUGCCACCUCAAUGGGAAGAGCACCCACUACCACUGCAUGCAGGUGGGAUGUAACAAGGUAUACACAAGUACGUCGGAUGUGAUGACUCACGAGAACUUCCACAAAAAAAACACCCAGCUCAUCAACGAUGGCUUCCAGCGCUUCCGAGCCACCGAGGACUGCGGCACGGCUGACUGUCAGUUCUACGGACAGAAGACCACACACUUCCACUGCAGGCGCCCUGGCUGCACGUUCACCUUCAAGAACAAGUGUGACAUCGAGAAGCACAAGAGCUACCACAUCAAGGACGACGCCUACGCCAAGGACGGCUUCAAGAAGUUCUACAAGUACGAGGAGUGCAAGUACGAGGGCUGCGUGUACAGCAAGGCCACCAACCAUUUCCACUGCAUCCGUGCCGGCUGCGGCUUCACCUUCACCUCCACCAGCCAGAUGACCUCACACAAGCGCAAGCACGAGCGGCGGCACAUCCGGUCCUCCGGGGCCCUGGGGCUGCCGGCCUCCCUGCUGGGCGCCAAGGACACGGAGCACGAGGAGUCCAGCAAUGACGACCUCGUGGACUUCUCGGCCCUGAGCAGCAAGAACUCCAGCCUGAGCGCCUCCCCCACCAGCCAGCAAUCGUCCGCAUCCCUGGCCGCUGCGGCUGCCACCACCACUGCCGAGGCCGUCCCCAGUGCCACCAAACCUCCCAAUAGCAAGAUGGCAGGCCUGCUGCCCCAGGGCCUGUCUGGUUCCAUCCCCCUAGCACUGGCCCUCUCUAACUCAGGCCUGCCCACCACCACACCCUAUUUCCCUCUGCUUCCUAACCGUGGGAGCGCCUCAUUGCCUGUGGGAUCUCCAGGGCUCCUGGGCUCCAUGUCCUCCGGAGCCACAACCUCAGCGACCCCUGACAUGCCAACUCUGAUGGCUUCCAGAGCUGGGGACUCGGCCCCCACAGCUGCCACCUCUCUCUCAGUGCCCCCUGCUUCCAUCAUGGAGAGGAUAUCUGCGAGCAAAGGCCUCAUCUCACCCAUGAUGGCUAGACUGGCUGCGGCCGCCCUCAAGCCCUCUGCCACCUUUGACCCAGGAAGUGGGCAGCAGCCCACCCCCACCAAGUUCCCCCAGGCCCAGGUGAAGCAGGAACCCGACAGUGCUGGCACCCCAGGUCCCCACGAGGCCUCCCAAGACCGCAGUCUAGACCUGACUGUGAAGGACCCCAGUAAUGAAUCAAAUGGCCACGCAGUCUCGGCAAAUUCAUCUCUUUUAUCCUCGCUUAUGAAUAAGAUGUCUCAGGGCAACCCCAGCCUCGAAAACUUUCUGAACAUCAAGACGGAAGCGGAGGGGAGCCCCGCCGGGGAGCCCUCGCCUUUCUUGGGCAAGGCUGUGAAGGCACUAGUUCAAGAAAAGCUGUCAGAGCCCUGGAAGGUGUAUCUCCGCAGGUUCGGUACCAAGGACUUCUGUGACGCCCAGUGUGACUUCCUCCACAAGGCGCAUUUCCAUUGUGUGGUGGAGGAGUGUGGUGCGCUUUUCAGCACCUUGGACGGAGCCAUCAAACAUGCAAACUUCCACUUCCGGACGGAGGGAGGAACAGCAAAGGGGACCCCAGAGGCUUCCUUCCCAGCCUCUGCUGCCGAGACCAAACCUCCCUUGGCACCCUCGUCCCCGCCAGCACCUCCCGGCACCGUGGUCCCUGGAUCGUCUCUGGAGGGGCCUGCUCCCGGCCCGGUGUCUGUGCCCUCCACCCCUACCCUGCUCGCCUGGAAGCAGCUGGCUUCCACCAUACCCCAGAUGCCUCAGAUUCCCUCCUCAGUGCCUCACCUGCCCACCUCGCCCCUGGCGACGACAUCUCUAGAGAGCGCCAAGCCUCAGGUCAAACCCGGGUUCCUCCAGUUCCAGGACAACGACCCAUGCCUGGCGACGGACUGCAAAUACGCCAGCAAGUUCCACUUCCACUGUCUCUUCGGGAACUGCAAGUACGUCUGCAAGACCUCGGGCAAGGCUGAGUCCCACUGCUUGGACCACAUCAACCCCAGCAACAGCCUGGUGAACGUGCGAGACCAGUUCGCUUACUACUCUUUGCAGUGCCUGUGUCCCAACCAGCACUGUGAGUUCCGGAUGCGCGGGCACUACCACUGCCUCCGGACAGGCUGCUACUUUGUCACCAACAUCACCACCAAACUUCCAUGGCAUAUAAAGAAGCAUGAGAAGGCUGAGCGACGGGCAGCCAACGGGUUCAAAUACUUCACCAAGCGCGAGGAGUGCGGAAGGCUAGGCUGCAAGUACAACCAGGUGAACAGCCACUUCCACUGCAUCCGGGAAGGUUGUCAGUUCUCCUUUCUCCUCAAGCACCAGAUGACCUCGCAUGCCCGGAAGCACAUGCGGAGGAUGCUGGGCAAGAACUUUGACCGAGUGCCCCCGUCCCAGGGUCCCCCGAGCCUAAUGGAUGCUGAGACAGACGAGGGCAUGGACUAUACAGGCUGUAGCCCUGGAGCGGCGUCCUCGGAGUCUUCCACCAUGGACCGCAGCUGUUCCAGCACCCCUGUGGGCAAUGAGAGCACAGCUGCAGGCUGCCCGGUUCCUCCUCCUCCUCCUCUUCCUCCUCCUGCUGCGGCUGGUGAUGAGGCUGCUCGCGGGGCCGCACCGCCCACCCUGACUCCAUCCUUCCCACCGGCUGUGCUCCGGCCUCCCCUUCCCCCCCUCCCAUGCCUCUUCUCUCCGUCCUGUCUGUCAUACUCUCUGCUCAGUGCCACUCUGGGAGCCAGCCGGGGCCUGGCCCACCCCAUCAGCAGCCCGCCCAGCUUCCCGCCUGUCACUGCCACUCCAACUCCAGUAAAAAGUGACGCCCCCCUAGUUCAGGAUGCUGCAGGGAACACCAUCUCCAUGCCGACGGCCUCAGGGGCCAAAAAGCGCUUUUGGAUUAUCGAGGACAUGUCUCCCUUUGGCAAGCGAAGGAAGACAGCCUCGUCUCGGAAGAUGCUGGAUGAGGGCAUGAUGCUGGAGGGUUUCCGGCGCUUUGACCUCUAUGAGGACUGCAAGGAUACAGCCUGCCAGUUCUCACUCAAGGUCACCCACUACCACUGCACGCGGGAGAACUGCGGCUACAAGUUCUGCGGGCGCACGCACAUGUACAAGCACGCACAGCACCAUGACCGCGUGGACAACCUGGUGCUGGACGACUUCAAGCGCUUCAAGGCCUCCCUCAGCUGCCACUUCGCCGACUGCCCGUUCUCGGGCACCAGCACGCACUUCCACUGCCUGCGCUGCCGCUUCCGCUGCACAGACAGCACCAAGGUCACUGCGCACCGCAAACACCACGGCAAGCAGGACGUGAUCAGCGCCGCUGGCUUCUGCCAGUUCAGCUCGAGCGCCGACUGCGCCGUGCCCGACUGCAAGUACAAGCUCAAGUGCUCGCACUUCCACUGCACCUACCCGGGCUGCCGCCACACAGUGGUGGGCAUGUCACAGAUGGACUCGCACAAGCGCAAGCACGAGAAGCAGGAGCGAGGGGAGCCUCCCGCAGCCUCUCCAGGUACGCCCGUCAACCUGGACGGCUCCCUCACGCUGGCCGCUGAGCAGGGCUCGCUGCUCUUCCUGCAGACAGCGGCCGCGGGCCUAGGCCUGCUCGGGGACACGGGGGACCCCAGCCCACCUGUCACCGCCUCCGGGGUUCGGGACGGCCCCGCUGCGCCCGCCCCCGCUGCCUCCACCACCGCCACCACAGCCACCGCUGGGGAGUCCUCCCAAGAGGACGAUGAGGAGCUGGAGCUGCCGGAGGAGGAGGCCGAGGACGACGACGAGGAUGACGACGAAGAGGACGACGACGACGACGACGAUGAUGAUGAUGACGACGACGAGGACCUGCGCACCGACUCGGAGGAGUCGUUGCCCGAGGCUGCGGGCGAGGGGGGUGCGCGGACCCCGCUGGCAGCCCUGGGUGGCCCCGGCCCCGCGCCUACCGCCGCAUCACCCUAGCCGCCGCUCCACCCCAGCCCCCUCUAGAACUGCUCUGUAUGUGAACCCCUGUGUACAGACCACGCUGGGCCGCCCCAGGGAGUGAGGCGCCCUGGCCCCGCCGGUGCUUCCGGACCCCGAGUCCAUCUCAGGGCAGAGGCGGGGACCCCUCUGGUGCUCCGGGCCGCCCGCGCCCUCCCCACCCGCCCGAGCGGGUGUUCAGGGAAUAGCAGGUGCUGUGUGGCAGCGCUGACCUGCACUCCUGUCGGUACCCACACGCGAGGUCCUUGUUUGCUCAGGGGCUCCCCGCGGGGGUCACCGGGUUGUGGGAGCGGCAGGCUCCUGUAGCAUCUGGUUGGGCCCCCCCUAAUGCAGCUAAGACCUCCCCCUGCCUCAGGGGAGGGCCGGCCGAAGACGGUCAGCAUCAGCACGGGUGACACUACAGGGACAUGGAGGGAAUCUCAUGGAAUCAGCAGCGAGCCCGGCAUUCCCGCCCCCAAGCUGUGGUCCAGGUCUGGUGACACUCAGGCCCCAGCCCACCCUCCAGCUAAUCAGGGCUGUGGCCCAAAGCUGGCACAGCUGGUGGGGGCCUGGAGGUGAGGGUCUCAGCCACUCUGGUGCAAACAGGAAGGAUGCGACUGGUUUUGGCUUUAAUAAUCAAAAUGGAAAAAAAAAAAUCCAAGAAAGUUGUACAGUAUUUUUCCUGUAAAGGUUAUUAUUCUACAUAGAACAAAAAGAGAAGGGGGGAAAUGGGGGAAAAAAAAAAAAAAAAGCAGGCGAAUGUUGGGGGAGCCUCGCCUAGCCUUCAGACCAGCCCUGGGAUUGGGGACCCGAGUGCAAUUGCUCCUGUGGAAUUGUUUUGCAUUUAUUUUAGAGGCCUCGGUUUGAGGCGUUGUCCUCACACUAGCACUGAUGGGGGCUGCGGGAUUCCAACUUUUAACUUGAAUUUUGUAGAGACAAGAAAAAAAAAAGACUUCUCUUGAUACAAGUUUGUAGCUAAUUUAACAUUUGAGGGUUUUUCUGUUGGUUAUGCGUGUGGCUUUAUAGGGCCUUUUUUCUCUCUCUUGUUCCAGUUUUGUUUUAUUAUUUUAUUUGGGAAGCUUUGUGCAGGUGCAGCCCACCCAGAUUUGGUUCCUUUUCCAAAAUGCCCCUUUCCCGGAGGCAAUGAGGCCACUUAGACUCUGCACAGGGCUCACCUGCAGGCACUUACUUGGCCAGAGGCUGCUCCAGAUUCUGGUAGGGGCAGGCUGCCUGAGGCCGGCCUUGUGGGGUAAACCUGUGCACUCCAGGUUCUGGCUUGUGCCAGGCUGGAAGAAAACAGGCCAAUCUGGCAAGUAAUGGAAGGGCUGGAGUUGCCAGCAGGAAGCCCCUCCCACAGGCCUUUAAAGGGGGCCUGCCCAAAUGGGGCAGGGGUUUUCUUUAUCUGUCUCAGAGUGUGUGUGUGAGUGUGUGUGUGUGAGUGUGUGUGUGUGUGUUUGUGUCCCUCUUGGCUGCCCACAGCCAGAAAGCCAGGACCAUCUGAACUGGAGAAGGAGCAGGGAGGGUUCAGCAGAGAGAUGAGAGUACCCAGCAGGCACUGCGUUGAUUGCUAACUGGCCCUGCCAGAGCCUCCAUGCUGUUGAGAGUUCGUUCUUCGCCCAGAUUCUGACCUACCACAGGACUCUGCCUCUGUGGAAGUUUUGUAAAGGAAAAGAAAAACAAAACAAAACAAAAUAAAAACAUUUUUCAAUGUAGCAAAAUCAAAUAAAAAUUUAAAAAGAAAAAAAAAAGAAGCCGCGGAGAGUGCGCAGUCUAGCCUUUUGUAAGCCUCAUAUUGCACAUUAGGACUAUAAGCCAUUGCUAGCUCAUCUUGAAUUUUAAUGUGUAAUUUUUGUUUUAUUUUCUUUCUGUGAGGAAAACGAUGCCUGACCCACCAAUGCUCUUUUUAAUGUUUUAUAACUAUGUAUGUGUAUAUAUAUAAAUAUAAAAGUAAUAUGUAUGCACAUAUGUGUGUAUAUAUCUAUAUGUAUAUACAUAUAUAGAUAUAUAGAUAUAUAUAGAGAGGUUUUGAGACAAAAAAAAAAUGCAGACCAUGAAACUGACCUGAACAACGCGCUCUGAUUACUUGAAUCUGGUCUCCUCGGCACCUGGUUAUUAAGAACUGAAUAUUUUUCCACUUGAAUUUAGUGCUAUUAGAAAUUUAAUAUAUGUGUUUUAUUUAUUUGAUUUUUUUUGCAUGACUGAUGCAAGGUUUGACAUUUUCACUCAAUAA